CCGACCACUGCUAUUGUGUGACAAUCUGAAAACAAGAGCACCAAAGGUUUCAUUGUCUUCCGCCCUGCAAUUCCGAGCGUUCCGAACGACGCCUCAGGAAUCACAUCGACUGUUCCUCACCGCUACGAAAAAGACUCACCGGCCUCGUAACCCUCCAUUGCCCCCGACAUCUCCAGCUUUGCGAUUCGGCCGACACGGAGCUAUCGUCCGAACAAACAGGAUAUUUCGCGUGUCUACCCUAAACGGCUGCUAGAGCCCUUCGGCUAGUCGUGGAAGCCAUGAAUGAAGAGCGUGAGCUAGCGAUCAAUCCCAUCGUGCAGACCAGCGUGCAGCAUAACACCCAGGUCGUCUCGAACAUUCGAAAUCUCACGGCGUCUUUGUUCGGUGUCGCCGCCGGGACUCUAGGCCUGGAGUCAUAUCCAGGCUUCAUCUUCUAUCUCGUCGGGACGCUGAUUGUUUCCAGCCUAGUGUUUGCCCUCCGGGCAGACGGAAAGCCAGCAGAAUAUUUCCACCGACCGUUAGGGGAUCUUUGGGGAGGCGACGUCUUCAGCGGGCUGAGCAGCUUCGUGCUGACGUGGACCCUGUUCUACGGUCUUGUAAGGGCAUGAGGAUUGAGAACGUCCGCAUAGAUGAGGGCAGAGCAGAUUGACUCCAAGGCGAUUGGAGAUGGACGGCUGUGGCGAGCUGCAGGCCAGUAUAUGAGCCAAGGCGACGCACUCCAACGGGGUAUCCUUCACGACUCGUCGUUCAUUCCGCUUUCCUCCUCACCGCACCUCUGUCGAACCGUCGACCCAUCGUCGCACCAUCAAUCUGGAUGAGUGAUCUGGUUGGAAGUUUAGAAGCAUGGCCGUUUCCCGAGAUUCGCAAUGAGAUGCAGGAGGACUGUCUGGCCUAUUCGGGGGUGCACCUGCCCGACAAAGUAAGGGCCUCGGGCUUGGAGUAGGUAGAUCUUUGAUCACCGUAGCAACAAGUCUACUACAAACUCUCUCCCAAAUGUAUACCUCCGUUCGUUUCGAG